AAAAAAAUAUCUAAUGCAAGCUAGCUCAUAAUAAUCAAUAUAGCAAUAAAUGACACUAAUCCAAAUACAACUACAUAACCAUAAACAAAGCUACAUAAAUUCUAUACCUUUGUCACAAUCUUUUCAUCAUCACCUCAACCAUUUUUCUCUCUUUUACCGAAACCAAAAAAAAAAAUAAAAAUAAAAAUAAAAAUUUAAUCAUGGGUUCAUCUCAAAUCUUCAAAAUCACAAAAUUUACUCUAGUUAUGAUCAUAGUAACUCUAUGCAUAAAUGAAACUUCCGAGGCGGUUGAUACGUCGUCGUUGCCAACUCAAUGUAGCCAAUCAAUAUCAGACUUGUCUAGCUGCCUGAAUUUUGCGACGGGAAGUUCGCCGACGCCGGGAAAAAAGUGUUGUGAUUCAGUAGGAACAAUGAAGGAGAAAAAACCGGUUUGUUUGUGUUUCUUUAUAGAACAAGCUCAUAAUGGAAGUGAAAAAAUUAAGAAUCUUGGGAUUAAAGAAGAUAAUCUCUUACAACUUCCUAAUGUUUGUCAUCUUACUAAUGCUAGUGUUAGCAAUUGCCCUAAGCUUCUUGGAAUUCCGGCAACAUCCCCGGCAGCCGCCAUAUUCAAGGACAGUAACGGAACAUCCUCGACGACAGCGUCGCCGUCAACAUCUUCUUCUACAACAUCAAGCACAACAGAUAACGGCAACAAUGCAAACGGAGUCAAGCAUGGAAAUGUUUUCUUAAGCAGCUUUCUUGCAGUUUUCAUGUCUGCUAUUAUUCUCUGUGCUUUUCCUAUUGGAACCUUCUUCUAGUUCUCUUUUUAAUUUUUAAGUUUCAAAUGUAAUUUCGUUAUUCUCGGCUAUUUUAUUGCUUUUCAAGUUUCAAAUUAAUAUACUUUAAUGUGUGGAAUGUGGGUUGGUUUUUAGUUUACAAAAUUUUAUUGAGAUUUCUUUUAAGUAAAAGACUAUUGCUUAUGAAUUAUAAUUAAAGUUGUCAUUCUACAA